AUGAAAGUCAAGAGAAAUAAUUGGAAAAUCCACUCAAUCGGGUAUAAAUUAGGCAAAUCCGAAAAAAUUGGUGGAGGGUAAUACGAUGAUAAAGGGAACUAAAUUGGGAUGUGGGUGGAAUAAAGAAAUGAAUUUAAUUAAUUUAAAUAUUCAUAAUACAAUAGCUGGAAUUAAUCAACAUUCAAAGGGGUUUAUAAUAAUUAAGGAGUGAAACAGGGAAGAUGGGAUAUAUUUUGGAACUGGAAUGGAGAAAACACUAAAAUGUAUUUAUAAUAUGAUUAAAACAAAAUAAUAGCGGUGGAGGCAUGUAUGAUGAUUGUGGACGUAAAAUAGGAAAUUGGAUAGAAGAAAAAGAUGGGUUUCAUUUGUAAUUAUAUUGUUAAUUUAAUAAAUAAGCUCUAAUAAAUACCUAUUAUCUGGAGAAUAUAUUAAUGGAUAUAAAUAGGGUACAUGGGUAGAGAAUAAAUUGCAAUGAAGAAUGAUAUUCUAAAUUAAAAUAAACAUUAUCCCAAUAACAAAAUUUUGAAUUUUUAAAUUAUGUGCUGCCAUCCACAUUAUUACAAUCAGAUAUGGCAUGUAGAAAACAUCUUUAUUUCUAACCUAUAAUUGUUUCAACCAUAACUGAUAUUUGAAGAAAGUACAAUUUUACUUUAUGCAAAUAAAACUUUUUUGAAUUUUGAUUUUAUCAAAUCUUCUAUAUUUAGUUUUAAGUUAAGUAGAGAAAAUAAGAAAUUAAAAAAAAAUGAUAUGUGA